AGGAAGACCCAAAUGUUAGAGCCGAUGUUGGGGACACCAUAACUCGACUACGAGAGGUUGGAUCCUCUCAAUCUCGAGGCCAUUUGAACAGCAAGGACGAGCUUUUGAAGGGGCUAGCCGCUGCCACAGCUUCUGACCCUUCGAUCGUGUCUCACGUGGCCGAUAUACUUCCUAUACCGAAGAAAAAAUUAUUCUGA